UCUCUAAUACUGGUUUGGUUAGCACUCGCUUGACCUGUGUUUGUUACCUAUUGGAAAUAUGCCCCGCACAGUGUCUAAGCUGCCUCGCCGGCUCGCACACGUCGCAAGGGUUUUCAUGUGUUUCCUCGCGAAGCACCCUAAAUACCCAAUUUAAUUGUCGAAAAUAAACAUCGCAACUGUCUUUUUGCUGUAGAUAGAUGGCGUUGUGGUAAAAGUUUAAAAAGUAACCACAUUUUUGCUUUCAAUUUAAUGCGUAAUUUUACAACUAGAUGGCGCUGUAAAGAUUAUUGAUCAUUAUUGACAGUUUCGGUGAAUUAGCAAUGAUAUUGAUUAAAGUUUCUUGUGAUGUGUUGUGGGAUUAGGGAGUUUGAAGUACGCGCGGAAUUCGCAAUGCCGCCGAUGGCUAAUAAGACAAGUGUGGCGGGCCGCGAUAUGAAGUGGCUAGCAUUGUUCUCACUGGUGGCCGCAACUAUUUUACAGCAGCCGGCGCCGCUAGUGCGCACGCGCAGCGGAUACGUGCGCGGGCGCGUGUCGCGCGACGGCCGCCUCGUCGAAUACUUGGGGAUUCCUUAUGGGACAGUCAGCGAUGAGAAUCGAUUUAAGGCUCCGCUGCCCCCGCCAGCCUGGGACGGCGUGUUCGAAGCCGUGAACACCAACACGCGCUGCCCGCAGACCAUCAUGGGCGCCGUCAUCAUCGGCAACCCCGACUGCCUCAAGCUCAACGUCUACACCCCCACCAGGACCAGAGGAAAACUCCUCCCAGUCAUGGUCUAUAUACAUGGAGGAUGCUUCUUUGAGGGAACUGGCUCCGCCUUUCUCUAUGGAGCUGAUUACUUCGUCGAACACGGAGUUGUGUUUGUUGGCAUCAACUAUAGAUUAAACGUUGAAGGUUUCUUAUGUUUAGGAACCGAGGAUGCGCCGGGAAAUGCUGGACUCAAAGACCAGGUGGCUGCGUUGAGAUGGAUCAAAGAUAAUAUAGAAGCGUUCGGAGGAAAUCCGGAUAGCGUGACGCUGUUUGGAGAAAGCGCUGGCGCUGUUUCUUCGUCGUUUUUAGUGCUUUCACAAGCCGCUAGAGGACUCUUCCAUAGAGUUAUACUUCAGAGUGGGUCUACACUUGCACCCUGGGCUUUGCAGCAUGAUCCUAUAAGGACAGCUAGCGCUCUAGUCAAAGAAUUCGGAUAUAAUACCAAAGAUCCUUACGAAAUAUACGAUAUUUUAAGAAACAAAACCGUAAACGAACUAAUAAAUGUUAAAGCUGUUGAAAAUCAAAACUACGUUUCGUCUGACACGCUCUUCGUACCUUGCAUUGAGAAAAAUCUGCCAGGAGUCGAAGCUAUAGUCACUGAAUACCCAACAAGUAUAAUCGAAUCUGGAAACUACACCAAAGUGCCUAUGAUAAUAGGCUUUAACGACAACGAAGGGAUAUACUUUGUAGCUAAAGAUUACGGAAAUAGUCUGAAAUCAAUUGAUCCCAAAGAAAAUUUACAUCUAGAUUUAGAGUUUCCUACAGAGUUGGAUAGGAACAGCACAGUAGAUAUAAUAAAAAAUCAUUACUUUCCUCCAGAAAAAGACGAACUGAUCCUUAACAUGGUGGAUUUGUACUCAGAUUUGCACUUCAAGUUUCCAUCAGUAAUCGAGUCGGACUUAUACGCGAAGACGACAGAUAAGCCGAUAUACUUCUAUCUGUUCAAGUACGGAGGGUACAGGAACAUGGCCAAGAUCAUCGUGGGGUACGGGGCGACGGGAGGGGCGUCUCAUGCCGAUGAGCUCUUCUACUUGUUCAAGCCUCAUUCUAUCCCGUUCCCGCAUCAGCUAGAACGGCGCAUGAUUAAGCGCAUGGUCACUCUUUGGACCAAUUUCGCCAAAUAUGGUGACCCAACACCAACGACAUCACCCCUGCUGCCGUUCCGCUGGCAGCCCGGCCGCGCCAGCAACCCCUCAGCUUUAGUUAUCGACGGUCAACUGUCCACAGGUCGUCUCUGGGACUAUGCUACUGUAGACCUGUGGAACCAGACCUACAGCAAGUAUAGGAGGAAACUGUAUGGGUUCCAAUCAAGAAGCAGGAGUAUUCUAGCACUGUGUUGCGUGAAGGCGGUGGUGUGUAUCUUCACGCCCGAGAUCCGGGUCGAACAGGGCGUGCUGAGAGGUCUACGCAGCCUGUCUGGGCAGCGGAGGUAUUACGGGAUACCUUAUGCUGUUAGUGAGAGAUUUCAGCCCCCGAAAGACCCUCCUCCUUGGCGAGGCACGUUGCUCGCCGUCAGCCGGUUCGGCGCGUGCGCACAGAGCGUCUCCUUCCUCACGCUUGGCUCCGAGCACUGCCUCCAUCUCGACGUCUACACCCCACCGCACACCACCCCCAAGCUGCCAGUCCUGGUCUUCAUCCACGGAGGCGCCUACUACUACGGCACGAAAGCACACUACGAUCCUGAGUAUCUAGUCGCUAAAAAUGUAAUAGCAGUCAUUAUCAACUAUAGAGUCGGAGUGUUAGGCUUCUUAUGCUUGAAUGGAGUCGCCAAUUUAGGCUUGAAAGACCAAGUUGCUGCUCUAAAGUGGAUAAGGAAGAAUAUAGCUGCGUUUGGAGGAGAUCCGGACAAUGUGACGAUAGCGGGGCAGAGUGCAGGGGCUAGUGCAGCUGCUAUGCAUUUACUCUCAAAAUCCAGCAAUGGUUUAUUUCAUAAAGCUAUCUUUAUGAGUGGAACACCUUUAAGCCCUUGGGCGUUUAACCUGGAGCCUCUUAAACCAGCUUUUGAAGACGCUAGAAAACUCGGUCUAGUCAAAACUGAACGAGAUGUAUACAAUACUUUUAUGAACGCGACGUUGAAAGAUCUAUUGAAAAGCACACAUGAUAGAUCAGUAAGCACCAGAUAUUUCAAAUAUUCUCCGUGUAUAGAUAUCAAUUUUCCAGGGUCUUUCUUUGAGGGUACUCCUUACGAAAUAAUUGAGUCUGAUUCUUUUAGACAAAUCCCUAUGAUUUUAGGGUAUGCCGAUCUCGAAGGCAUGUUGUUCUACGGACUAAACAGCGAUCGGGACUUUCAAGAGUGGGACUCUCAAUUCGACCAAAGACUACCAUCAGUUUUCUCCUUGUGUUCUAAACUAGAGAAGAUGAAGAUAGUCAAAAAACUACGCUCAUAUUAUUUUGGGGGUAAGAAAAUUAGCAGUAAAAACGUGAAAGGUGUAGUGAACUAUUAUUCAGACUGGAUCGCUUACGCAUCAGUGAAUGCGUUUUCGAAACUAAUGGUGGAAAAGUCAGUGCCUGUGUAUAAUUACAUGUUUUCGUACGUAGGCGGGCGGAACUUUGCCAAGGGGCUGAUAGGGUAUAAGGCAGGGUUGAAAGGCGCGUCGCACUCUGAUGACAUCUUCUACAUCUUCAAGCCGGCGGGGCUGGGGCUGCCGGUGUCGUCUGAGGAUAGGCUGUUCAUAGAGCGAUUCACUACAAUGCUGGCUAACUUUAUGAAAUUUGGGGAUCCCACUCCACAUCGGACUCCACUCCUCCCAGUACCCUGGCCCCGCGCCAACGCAUCUCUCAGCCCGCCCACGUUGCGCCUGGACAGCCAGUUCACCGUAGUACCCGCCCCAGAGUCGCAUCAAGGCCGUUUACUGUUGAAACUGCUGUGCCGGUACGGCCAGAAAGGGUUUGUGCCUUGUGAGAGUGAAGAACUUUGUGGAAAAGGGUAGGGGUAGGUAUAUCUUAUACAGUGGAUGGCAAACCAGAGUCUCACCAAGGUCGCUGUUCAAACUGCGAUGGUAUGGGCAGACCAAGGUCGACUGUUGUUCAGAUAUGGACAGUAAUGUUUUGUCUCUUGUGAGAGUGAAUAAGUUUGUGUCAUGUGUUAGAGUUGUAGGUACCAUUUCAUUCAUAACUUGUCCAUGCACUUU